GAGGACAAUCUUGAAAGGAACUUCGCUGUAAGGAGAGGGAAAAAUAGAAAGAAAAGAAGAAAAACUAAAAAGCUACUGGCUCACAUGGAGUAAACGGUACUCACAUGAACCCACAAACCCAUGUGCUCCAUUUCAAAAAGAGUGGUGAAAGUCACAUGACCGCAGACUGGAAUCACAUGGCCAGAGUGUGGGACAGGAACGAGCUCAACAGCAGGAUCUAAAAUGCCAAUCUGUGGAAGAUAGAGGAAGCUUUUGUUUGAGGAAAGGACGAUAACAAUUCCAAAAAAGUAGCUGGACUUUUCAGAGAGCUUUGUUGUAUACCAGCACACUUAUUCUAAAGCCUACAACACACAAACAGACACAACAUGCUGCAGCAAAUCCUAGCUGACAUGUACAUCGAUCCGGAUGUACUAGAGGCCUUGAAUGAUGAACAGAAGAAGACCCUGUUCUUUAAAAUGAGAGAGGAACAAGUCAGGCGCUGGAAGGAGCGGGAAGAGAAGGAGGGCAAGGAGGGGACACACAAAGAAAAGCGCCGGCAAAAGAAAGGCCCUUGUAAAAGUGUGAGCUGGUUGCUAGGCAGUGAUGGUGAUGUGCAUGUGUGUAUUAUCGGAGAAUCAGAUGAGCUCAGAUCUCCAAAACUCAUCCUGUCCGAGCUGAGAAACAAGACCAACCCUAAUACUAUCAACAGAGCAAAAGCAGAAACUGUAAAGAGCAGCCUGACCAGACCCAGCAGAGCACAACAAACCAGCACAGAACCAGGGAUCCAGCUACUGCUCAAGAAACCAGAGGAGCUCAGCAAUUCUGUGACAGUCUCAGAUGAGUCCAAGCAGGACUGCGGUUCUGAUCCGUCAGCCGACGACACCAGGGGCCAAACAGAAGACUCCGAUUCGGGCAGCGCAGAGGAGGACACGAGCCUUUACAGAUCACACAUGAGCAACACAGAGACAACAGUAGCAGACAGACUCAGAGAGAUUCAACUGCACAGAGCAAUGAAAGAGCAGCUGUCGAUCAACAACAAGACACACCCACUGGACACGCCCACACCAGACAAAGGAGUGAUGAAAGAUAAGGAUAGCGGUCUGACGUACGGCAGUCGUGUGGCUCAGCUCAGGAAGAACUUCAACACCACUAAUGCCCCAUGUGUCAAACCACCGAUUCCCUGCAAGCCCGCUCACCUACUGGCCUCCCCCUCUGUCAGAUAAAAACAACACUGCCACACUGCACAACCUGAAAAACAUCCUAGUGUAUCCAAAAACCUGCAAAACGAACUAAAAACAUAGAAAGGCUUGCGCAUACCUGAGCGUGAGAGCAGAUCCAGGUGUGGACGCAGCUGGAGACGGACGUUGUACAGAAAUCAAACACUUCUCAUGACCCAGCUCGAGCCAUCACUCUUCAGUUUUCACACUGUUUACAGAGGAACGUGGUCUCCAGAGGACUCAAAGAUUUGUUUUACUGCUUUUUUAUAUAUAUAAACGUUGUUUCCUUAAGGGGAGAAUGACCAAAGUUAUUGUUUAAUGUUUUUAUAGAUAAUGGCUCAUCUUUUUUGCUUGGUUGUAAAUAACGGUGUCAUAUUGUAUUAAAUAAAACAACUUGUUUUAACUGGU